AUUUAGAAAAGAGAAUAAAGCGAAAACUAGCGAUACACGGAUUGCGAUCUGUGUGCUCCCUCACAAACCAAUCUCCAUCGUUCAUUCCCAUCAAAUCCAACGCCUCAAUAUCAACCCAAAGACACCUUUCAAAAAUCCCCUUCUAAAAAUUUUCAAACUCCCGCCUUCUCUCUCCUAUAUAAACCCCCUCAUCCCACCAUUUCUCUUCAUCUCAAAUUCAAACAUCAAAAAAAAUUAAACUUUCCCUCCAUUUUCUCUCUCCUCAAAAACCUCCAAAUCCUCCAUUAAUGGCUCGCACCAAGCAAACCGCUCGUAAAUCAACUGGCGGAAAAGCCCCAAGGAAGCAGCUAGCCACCAAGGCUGCUCGCAAGUCAGCCCCAGCCACCGGCGGAGUGAAAAAGCCCCAUCGUUUCCGCCCUGGAACCGUGGCACUUCGAGAGAUCAGGAAGUACCAGAAGAGCACUGAGCUUCUCAUCAGGAAGCUCCCAUUUCAGAGGCUUGUAAGAGAAAUUGCUCAGGAUUUCAAGACUGAUCUCCGCUUCCAGAGCUCCGCUGUCGCCGCUCUUCAGGAGGCUGCUGAGGCUUAUUUGGUUGGUUUGUUUGAGGAUACUAACCUUUGCGCUAUUCAUGCUAAGAGGGUUACUAUUAUGCCUAAGGAUAUUCAGCUUGCUCGUCGGAUUCGUGGUGAAAGGGCUUGAGAUUAAGUUUGGUUGAUUUUAAUUAGGGUUUGUAAUUUGGGGAUGAAGUUGGGAAUUAGGGUUUUAUAGUGAAGAUUUGUGUAAUUAAAUGGAAGUCUGAAUGUUUGUUUUAUGCUCAAUGGAAUUACGGAAAUCUUAUUAUUAUUAUUAUAGUUUAAUACUACUUUUGU